GGUCAGGUCGUCGCCAAGCAUUGAGGUACUUCCGGGCGCAACAAUUACACUGUACACAGCAUUACGCCUACCUACUAUCAACUCCCCUGCAGUAAACGGCCUCACCAGUGUGGUCCCAACAACCCCAGCAUUCCGCCCUCGGGCAACUUAACACCAGCCAGGAAUGAGGACCAUUCACACGAGUGGCACAUGCAGGCUCGUAACCGGCACUCAGCGCUGUCGGCGCCCGGUCCCAUUGCCCGGGAGAAGCUCAUCGAUUGUGGCACGCUCGUGGCGCGACUACUUUGCUGAUGAGCGAAGCGCUGCCGAGCAGUUCUUCGGUGAGGACUAUGAAGAGGAGAUGGUGGCGUCGCCAUCUGGCUCAGAACGAGACCGGUUCAGUUCGGUCAACUUCGACAAGGAGGGCGUGCUGCAGCGACGGCAGGGCUCCAGCUGGCGUGCCAAGGAGAAGGGCCAGGCCGAGGGCAUUGAGCGCGACUUCCUGUCCGACCUCGGCGCCAAGCAGCUGUACAACAUCAACGUUGACCACGGCCAAAGUGUGGACCACAUCGACUCGCUAUUUGCGGGCGAGGUGCUGGGCCACAAGUCCGAUAUCGCGGACGGCUCGCUGCGUGCCGUGGACUUCCGCGUGUUCAACAACAUCGUGGGCGACUACUACGUGGCGCCCGCCUUCCUCAUGAAGGUGGCGAUGCACAUGGCCAAGAACUACCUGUUUGACCUGGGGGCCAUGAGCGCCAACACGCGCGUGCCGCUCAUCCUAGGCAUCUGGGGCGAGAAGGGCAUGGGCAAGACCUUCCAGACCGAGCUGGCGCUCAAGAAGCUGGGGGCCGAGACGGUGGUGAUGAGCUCUGGCGAGCUGGAGCACGAGUGGGCGGGCACACCCGGCAAGCUCAUUCGCGAGCGCUACCGCAAGGCGAGCGAGAUGUCCAAGGUGCGCGGCAAGAUGACAGCGCUGCUCAUCCACGACAUUGACGCCGGCCUGGGCCACUUCGACCACGUGCAGGUGACGGUGAACAACCAGAUUGUGAUCGGCACGCUCAUGAACAUCUGCGACAACCCCAACGUGGUGAGCACGGGCCAGGACUGGUUCGCUGUGAGCCGCAUCCGCCGCACGCCCAUCAUCGUCACCGGCAACGACUUCAGCAAGAUGUUCGCGCCGCUCAUUCGUGACGGCCGCAUGGACAAGUACUACUGGAAGCCCACGCGCGAGGACAUGGUCAACAUCGUGUUGCAGAUGUACCAGGACGACGGCAUCACCCGGCGCGACGUCGAGGCCCUGCUGGACAGGUUCCGGCACCAGCCGCUGGACUUCUACGGCGCGCUGCGUGCGUCCACCUACGACGAACAGAUCCGGGACUGGAUCAAGACCGACGUCACAGGCGAGGAGUUCAUCGCGGACGCCGCCAACCUGUCCAACAUGGCCAAGACGCUGCUGUCCGUGGACCGCUCCGAGAUGCCCAAGUUCGAGCCGGUGCGGCUGACGCUGGACAUGCUGGUGGCCGAGGGCGAGCGGCUGGAGAUGGAGCAGCAGCAGGUGAACGACCACAAGCUGAGUGAGCAGUACCUGAAGCACGUGGGGCGCGAGGCGCAGCGCAAGGCCAAGGCGGCGACGGAGAAGCGCACCAAGGAUGAGGCGGCGGAGCUGCGCAAGAAGUACGACAGAGAGCUGGUGCUGUCGGGUGGCGGCAUGGGCGGCGGCGCAUUCGAGGCGCGCAGCGUGCGCCAGCAGACGCGAGGCGUGCGGCAAGCGGGCUUCGGCGCGUAAGCGUUUGAGUGGCGGGGCGGGGCUCUGUGGGCUGGAGUGGGUGUGAGGGAGGCCGGGCAGUGUUGGUGUUGGAGUUUGGGGCGGGCCGCGGUGGGCCGUCGUGUUGUUUUGCCGGGUGUGUGUACAGCGCGUGCAUUGCGGCAGUUUCUGUUGUCUGGCAGAUGGGAUAUGUGGCGCCCUCAUGUUUGUUUACGUGAGUACCGUAAUGGGAGGUCAGGCAGCAGGUGGAACCAGUGCUAACGGUAGGGGCAAAGGAGGUGUGCAAGGUGUGCUGCCGCCGGCGGAGCUGCGUCAAGCCUAGCGUGCUCUGGCGGUGUAUGGUAUGUGGUGCCGUGGAUGGCCGCACGUGCACAUGUGUUUGCUCGCACGAGCACAGGUGUGCACACGUUCCGUUUUCUUCCCCUCGCUUCUUGAUAAAGGUACUUCCUACUUGCAAAUUUGCAGCAGAGUACGGUACGCGUAGAGCAGCAGCUGCGAGCCAGUGCAGUGGUGGUGAGCGCAUGAAGCACUUGUGAGGAAGAGGUGCAGUGACAAGGAGUAGAGUAAGAGAGUGCGGCCGCCCUGGAGCCCUUCGUGUGUCGCUCGAGGGAGGAGACUGAAUAAACCUUUGGCGCGCCGAGAAGCCGGACCUAUGGGCAGGAAGCCGGGGGCGUGGCAUGUGUGAAGAUUGCGCACCCUCGUGUAGCAUAUGCCUACACAGUUUUGCUAGAGAGAUACCGUAUCGUAUUUGAGUGGUGACACAGGUAGAGCAUCGAAAUGAGUAACAGAGACCACUUAGCAUUACCUGUGAAGAGUGAGGGGCAUGACGAGGAGCGUCCGAGUUGCAAAAGGUUGCAGUACACGUGCCUUAGAUGUGCCGCAUGUUCCGCCGCGAAGAUGACGGGAAUCUGCACGCUUGAUGCGGCGGCAGGAGUGAAGGACCAAGCCCCAGUGAGGGAGGCUUGAGCCUGGAGGGAUUAGACAGGUUCGGCACGGCCUGCGUGAUGCAAAGAGUCUUACGCCUUUCGUGUUAUAACUUCCCCGCUG